AGUUAGUAGAUAACAACUGGCAACAUCUUAAAUAACGUCAAUACAUUAUUUUUGAGGUUAGGCGUCGCUUGGAAAUUCGUAUUAGUUUUAAAUUUGGUUUUCGUUUGUGUAUUAUGUAGUAUUGUUAUGACAAUAUGAGUUCACCUAGAAACGAUAGUGAAGAGCCGUCUUCCAGCUCUACAGGGAAACGGAGUUUUGAAAAUGAUGCCAAUGACGCCGGCGCGUCGGGACAGCAGCAAGCCGCGAAGCGACGACUUUCGAAUACUGUAAUAGAAAUAUCUGAUACAGAAAGUGAUGAUUCUGAUGUCUGUGCAGUUAAUUCUUACCAGGCUUCUGCUGAUGAAGUCAAAAGGAUUCGAAGAGACUACACAUCAUCAUCGUCGUCAUCGUCAGACUAUAGUUCAGACUCGGAGUCCCCAUGGGAGGAUGACUCUAUUGUAGUUAAGGAUAAGUUUGAAACCAAAGCAACAAAGGCACAUCUAAAUCCUAGAGCCAAUAGAAUGGAUGACCCUAAUAUAAAUCCUGCAUUGAAGGGACAAGAUGUAAUAGAAAGGCUCACCACACACUGGAACGAGGACAAAGACCACACCAGUGAGGAGGUGACCCUUACAUGUGAACCGUUCAAACUAUGCCAAUUACACAACUUCCUAGCGAAUCCGGAGAUUAUAAACAACAUUGUGGAUGAUAUGAACACAUUAGACUGGACAAGGAAAAAGAUGGAUUUAUAUGAGUUCCACCAGACAACAGAUCUUGCUAAUCUUACAUGGCAGCGGAGUAUUAGAGGCAUUUAUGAGCUGCUAAAGACUGAAUUGAAGAGUUGGGUGUCGCAAGUGACGGGCAUAGAACUGCAAGGUGUAUCAGCGUCCUGCUCGCUAUACGGUCCCGGCGACCACCUGCUGAUCCAUGACGACAGACUGACGGACCGGCGCGUGGCCUUCAUCCUCUACCUCGCGCCGUGGCAGCCGCCGCAUAAACAGAACUCGUUACAGAACGGAGGAGAAGAUAGUAAUCAUAAGAGCGGGUCGUGGUGCGGCUGGUCGGCCGCAAUGGGCGGGGCGCUGGAGCUGUUCGCGCGCGACGCGGCCGGCGCGCCGCUAGAUGUCGCGCGUAGAGUCUACCCCGCUAAUAAUAUGUUAGCGUUUUUCCAAGUGGGCAAGGAAUCUUUUCAUCAGGUGGGCGAGGUGCUGUCGAUGGAGCUGCCGCGGCUAUCGAUAAACGGCUGGUUCCACGGGCCCGCGCCGCCGCCCGAGCGCCCGCUGCCCGACACCUUCACCAAGCAGCGCUUGCACUCCAAGCUUGUGGUGUUGCAGCAGUGGGUGGAGAGCACGUACAUGUCGACCCGCGUGCGCGCGCAGGUGCAGGCGCAGAUGGAGCGCGCCAGCGAGGUGUGCCUGCGCGACCUGCUGCAGCCCGCGCGCGCGCAGGCGCUGCUCCACGCGCUGCAGGCGCCCGACGUCCCGUGGGAGCCGUGUGACGGACGGCACCAGCGGCGCUACGAGCGCGUGUCGCCCGCGUGGCUCGAGGCGGACGACGGCGCGGCGGGGGUGGGGGUGGAGGGGGCAGCUAGUGAGGGGGAGGGGGCAGCGGGGGCAGCUGGGGCAGUGGCGGCGGUGGAGGGGCACGCGGUGCGCGCGCUGGCGCGGCUGGCGGGGUCGGCCGCGUGGGCGCGCCUGCUGGCCGACUGCACCGACCUGGCGCUCACCGCCUACUGCCGCCUCGAGCUGCAGCGCUGGACCAGGGGCAACUUUACCCUGCUCCCCACGCGAGAGCAGUACCAAGAGCCCCGUCUUGAAGCGACGCUGUACCUGGGCGUGCCGGAGCACCCGCUGUGCGGCGGGCAGACCGUGUACGUGGCGCCCGAGGAGGCGGAGGGCGAGGCGCGCGGGGGCGAAGCCCUGGUCACCGUGCCGCCCGUGCACAACGCGCUCAACCUCGUGUACUGCGACGCCGGGGCGGCCUCCUUCACAAAAUACCUCAGCAAGCUCACCAUGAGUGAGCACGAACAGUUCUACAUCCUGACGUGUACUUAUAGCGAGUGAUAGUGACAGUGUAUAGUGCAAGUGUAAAGUGUUAGUGCAUAGUGCAAGUGUCAAGUGCCCAUGGACCCAGAACAGCGAGUGUAUAUUGUAACGGUACGACUGUGUAUAUAGUUUGACUAUUGUUUGACAGUUUUCUGUAAUUAACGAAUAAAUUUAGUAAACAGUGUUUGGACGUUUCUUUACAUCACAGUAGCUGUAAUGUUUUGUGUACUCUUUGCAAGAGUAUGUCAACAAUGAUUGCUAAUAAUUUUCAUCAAUAAUUUGUUUUAUCACAUUCAAGUUUAUGGAAUGAUUGUAUUUACAUAGUUGGGAUU